CGACUUGCGACAGCCACAGAAGAGUCGCACAAUUUCCAGGCUCAUUGGCGACGGCGAAUACCUAAGAGGCAAUUGGUAGACAAGGCCAAGUGUUGGGAACCCCACGCGAGCUGUGGAGAAGGAUGGUCAGGGCCGCCUCUAGUCUCCCGCCUUGCAUGACGUGAGCGCAGCGCAGGCAGUGUGAAUGCGGCCACCGGCGCCAGACAGGAUACCGAGCACGUGAAUAACCUCAAAUAUCCGCAUUGGAGAUUACCAAGGUGCCAAUUGCGCCCUUCGGCGGCCCGUCUGGUGGCUGGUGCAGGGGCGCGAUCGGAGGUGACUGUUGGUGACUGUGUCUCGAGGUCCGAUAUCUACAGGGCGCGGUCAGCUUCGGUCUUGUAGUACAAAAUAAUUGUCGACCUCGAAUCCACCACCUGCACCAACUCUCCUUCCCGCCCCACUCUCUCCGCUUGCACUGCAUACCUCACAAUGCUUCAGCAGCGGUCUUCACGAUUGCUCUCGUCCUUGGCCCGUGGCGCCUUCCGUUCGCCUGUAGCACCGCUCAGCGCGUCGCUGCGAUGUCGGACCCAGCGGCCAUACAGCAUUCAUGCUGAUGUCUCUGUUGGCGAGAAGAUACAGGACAUCGACCCUACCAAGCUCUCCAUCACCAAGACGACCACACCAAAAGACCUCCUGCCGCAUGAGGAACUUGUCUUUGGUCGCAACUUCUCUGAUCAUAUGCUCUCCCUUGAAUGGACAGCAACACAAGGAUGGCUACCGGCACGCAUCACACCCUACCAGAACCUCAGUCUCGACCCUGCGACAUGCGUCUUCCACUAUGCAUUCGAGUGCUUCGAGGGCAUGAAGGCCUACAAGGACAAGAGCGGCAACAUUAGGUUGUUCAGGCCGGACAAGAACAUGGCUAGGUUGAACAAGUCAUCGGCACGAAUUGCAUUGCCUACAUUCGACCCUGAUGCUCUGAUCGAGCUCAUUGGCAAGUUCGUCAAAGAGGACGAGCGCUUUGUUCCCGAUGCACGAGGCUACUCUCUCUACCUUCGCCCAACCAUGAUCGGUACACAGCGUACUCUGGGCGUAGGUCCUCCCGCUUCUGCACUACUCUACGUAAUCGCUUCGCCUGUCGGCCCGUACUACCCUACCGGUUUCAAGGCCAUCUCGCUCGAGGCUACAGACUACGCUGUGCGUGCAUGGCCUGGAGGUGUUGGAGACAAGAAACUCGGUGCCAACUACGCGCCUUGCAUUGUCCCGCAGAUGCAGGCUGCGAGCCGUGGUUUCCAUCAGAACCUGUGGUUGUUUGGCGAAGAAGAGUACAUUACAGAGGUGGGCACGAUGAACUUGUUCGCAGCUAUCAAGAACAAGGAGACGGGAAAGCCAGAGUUGCUCACUGCACCUCUUGACGGAACGAUUCUUGAGGGAGUGACGCGAGAUUCGAUCCUCGAACUUGCGCGCGAGCGAUUGGUGCCAAAGGGUUGGACCGUAACGGAGCGCAAGUUCACCAUGAAGGAGGUGGCCGACGCUGCCAACGAGGGACGCAUGAUGGAGAUCUUUGGUGCAGGUACCGCUGCCAUUGUCGCACCGGUGCGAAAGAUUAGCUGGAAGGGACAGCUUGUCGACUGCGGACUUGAAGACCACGUCGAAGCCGGCCCUGUGGCACAACAGAUGAAGGAUUGGAUGGAGGCCAUUCAGUACGGCGACGAGGACCAUCCAUGGAGUUACAAGGUGAUAUGAAAAGCACAUGGUCGACAUGGUUGCAAGACGCUCUGUAGACGAGGUAGAUAGGCUCAGCAAGCGGGGAAUGUAUAUAGAUAUUGAGACGUGACGUUGGUCGGGAAAUGACUUGGCAAUGGUGAUGCUGCGGCAGUGACUCUGCAAUGGUGGGGUAGAGGAUCAAUGCAGCGCGUGCCUGACUA